AUGGAGAUUAACAUGGCGCAAUCUGAGCAAAGAGAGCUUCUAAGCAUAGGAGUUCGUUUCAACCUCGGAAGCAGCGUCCCCAGCGUUGUUGCCCCCUGUAACCCGGGCCCUAAUGGGGAGACAGCUCGCAUGGCUGACCUACUGUACCCUGCUUUCAACGCACUUGGCGCUACUGCAACUGCUACUGCGACUGCCGGUCAUUACUCUGAAGCUGCCUUCCAGCUGUACGGCUUGGAAACGGCCGUACUACCGCUGCUAAUGCUACUAUUAGUUGAUGCAGCGCUAACAGAUCUGCUCCAGCAGCAGCAGAGGCAGCAGCAGCAGGCAGAAGAGCAGCGCCGCCGGAAAACACGCAGGCACCCAACCCGAAGGUUUGCCUGCAAGUGGCCGUGGCCGCUGCUACUGCUGCUGCUGCUGUUCUUCGGCUUCCUGUCUGCGGCUACUGCUGCUGCAGCGGCGGCGGAAUCGGAGGUCGCAGCUGCGUUGCCGUACAGUGUGUCUAAAGCAGCACCAAGGCGGCUACUGCUCCAAGAUGGCCAGCAGCAGCUACAGCUACCGCCGUCGCAGCCGCAAAGUUUGGUUUCGGAGCAGCAGGACGGGUCGCAGCCGCCGCCGGCGCUGCCGCUUCCGCCGCCUCCGCCGCCCCCUUCCUUUGUUGGCACAGCAAGCACCUCCCUGGAGUUUUUCCAGUUGCUGUACGCGGGAUCGACAAUCACAGAGAUUCGACUCGUGCGCGAUAUCAAGCUUCAAGCUGCAGAUGCGGCCGCCGCCGCCGCCGCCGCCACAGACGCGGACGCGGACACUGAUGCAGCGGCGGCGGCGGCGGCGCUCGGUCUAGGUUCCCGCGGCAUUUGGUUGACCCGCAACCUGACCAUCGUCGGGUAUGCCCGGGGCACGCACACUCGGCUGGACAUCAACUUCCUUCCCGCCAUCCUGCGGCUGGGUGCCGGUGUAUGGCUGACGUUACGAAAAGUGGAGCUCUAUAAGAUUAAGUCCCUGGACCCCCCCCUGGACCCCGAGCUCGCAGACCAGCCUCGGGAGGUGUUCCUCCGCAACGCUUCGGCCUUCUGUUGGAGCACUUCCUCAUUGCUUGCCAUGUGCAAGCAGCCGUACAUGGAAGUACGGAGCCUAGCCGUAUAUGUGCCGCCACGUGAGGGCUUAUUGGGGGACACUGGCGGGUACGACGUGUCGUACAUUGACAGCCACAUUGUAUGUGACUUCCCUGUGAAUGCCUCCUGCCUAGAAACCGCAACAGCAGAUCAGUGCCUCACGCAACAAGCGGCGGCCGGCGGACGUGGCGAUGCCGGCGGCGGCGGCGGCGGCGGCGGUAACAGUCCCUCCCAACGGGUGGUCGUGGGGCUGGCGGCGGGUUUGGCCGUCCUCAGGCUUGUGUCGUCCUCUGUAGGUGGUGGCGCCGCAUUAGCGUUUGUCGCUGCAGCACUCGCCGGGAUGUACGUACUCCGGCGGCGGCGGACGGCCAGGGUGACGCCGGCGGAGGCGGCUCGGAAGGAUACUGGAAUAGCUGGCGCUAAUCCCCCCCGUCGCGUUGAUGGCGGAGGCAGUUUCGACGGCGGCGGCAGUGACGGUGGCGGUGGCAGUACGACAGCCAGUAAGCCAACCUUGUCGGAGGGGGAGAGCAGCGGCACCCAAUGCGGCGGCGGUGGCGGCGGUGCCGAGGUAUCCACCUCCAGCAGCAAGACGCCGUCGCGGCCGGUGGUGGCGGCGGCGGCGGCCGGUGGCGUCAGCGGCGGCGGAGCCGCAGCCCUGGCUGCGGCUGCUGCUGCGGCGGCGGCGGCGGCUCCUGUCGGGCGAGGCCAGGCCCCCGGAUCCCUCGGACGUCGAAUCUGUACGACGGUCGUUGCUGCUGGCAGCACAGAAACAUCCCGGAGCCCCAUUGCAAGUACAGGUAUAUGGCAGGGCACCGUGGUGGCGCUGAAGGCCCUGGUCCUGUCGGGGAACCUCACGCAGACUCAGCGGCGACGGCAAAUGGCGGUGAUGGAGGCGGCCAUAAGCUCGUCCAUGUCGCAUCCGAAUAUCGUACAGACGUACACAUACAGCUUCCGACCGCUAUGGAGCAUUGCGCCGUCCGAGAGCGAUCCCCACGAAGUGCGCCUCAAGGCCCGGGCGGCGGUUCAAGCUGUCUGGGUCUGCCUCGCCGGUAUUGGGGAGCAACGGGUUACCCCACAACGCGGUUGCCCAGCACCAAGGUCCGGGGGACAGGGGUUUGGUCUCGAUAUCCCGGAGCGGUGCGCCGAUGUGGACCGCAGCGGCUCGAACCAGCAGCACGACGGCGGUUCCCCAGCCGCCCCUGGAGCGAGUGGAGGCAGUACGGAGAUCUGUCCUGACGCUUCUCCGGCGGUUUCGGAGCAGUCGCGAUUGUACGGCCAUGAGCUGCUGUUGGUUCUGGAGUAUUGCGACCGAGGGUCGCUGCGCCAGGCGUUGGACGCCGGAGUUUUCCACCGAUUCAGUGGCGGAGGCGGAGGCGGUGACGGCGGUAGCGGCACUACGGCAGUAGCGGACCGCGACGAAGCUCAUCCGCCGCAGGCGCCGCUUGUUGACCCCAGGCGGGCGGGGGUUAACAUUGAGGAGGGGGCAGCGGGGGAGCGCUUGAGCCCGGAGCGGAGCUCGUCCUAUGUACGGGAGCAACGGUCCAGAGGGCAGUUGUCGUACAAUUACGGAUUGAUGUUGCAGGUGGCUUGCGAAGUGGCGUCUGCGCUGCUCCACCUCCACAGCCACGGUGUCGUGCACGGAGACGUCAAAGCAUCAAAUGUCCUGCUGAAAACAGCCGCAGCGGGGGAUGACCGAGUGCGCUUGUCGGGGACUUCACAGUACGGCGGUGGCGGGGGUGGAGGUGGCGGCGGUGGGGGUGGGGGGCCCGGGGGUUUGGGAAUGGGGCUCACGGGAACACAGUACGGGCAUAUGGCCUGGCAGCAGCAACAUCAGCAGCAGUGCCAGCAGCGGGAUCUGCUGCCGCCUUCAUCACGGCAACCGUCACCACCUGCACCGUCCGCUCGGAGUGUCGGCGGCGGCGGCACCGGGGCCCCGGCGGCGGCGGCAGCAGCACCGGCGGCGGCGGCGUCGCCCCCGCCGUCGACACUGGCCGCCAGAUCGUUGUCAUCGUCGGGCAUGGCCUUCGUACCCCCAUCGAUUGGAUUAGUCGCGAAGGUGGCGGAUUUCGGGUUGAGUAUCUUCCUAGGGUUUGACGGCGACGACGAGCGGACUCACAUCACCGCACAGUGCGCCCAGCGCGUCGACGUGUACAGCUUUGGCAUCCUGUUGUACGAACUGUUUACGGGGGAUCGAGCGCAUCGGGGGGUGCCUCGCGCGCUACUGCCGCACCAGGUGGCUAUCUGUGGUCUGCGUCCCGCACUGCCAGCCUAUACUCCUCUCGACCUACGUCGCCUGAUCGAAUCCUGUUGGGCGCAAGACCCCAACAAGAGGCCCAAUUUCGCGGUCAUCCUUGGCGAGCUUGAGCGCAUGCGCGCCACUGCCGCCGCCCAAGCCGCUCAGACCUCAGCUCAAGCCGCAGCCACCGCCCGAGCCGGCCAAGAAGCCGUCAGCCGCGGCGCGUCCUUCGCCACAACUUCCAGCCGCUGCUCACCAACCGCCUUUUCGUACAAUGCCGUACAUCCCAACGGCUGGGUUCUGGUACCGCCCCUGGAGUCCAGUACCUGCUCGACCUCUCUGUUUGAGGAGUUGCCGCCACAGCCGCCGCCGCUGUUGAGUGAGCUUUCCGAAGCUCUUCCGACUGUGGCAGGUAUCGAGUGUGUGUAUAGUGCGACAGGAUGCUCGAAAGACAUAGAGCAGCUGCGGUGUAUGGCAGCAAUAAUAUAUCUCUUACAUAUCCGACCCUAUCUGACCUUUCUUACGUGUGAAAUAACAGGCACGAAGGAAACGGCUUUCUGGGAUAGCUGUGCUCCUCUUCACCACUAA